GCCUCGCGGCAAGAUGGCGGCGCGCGGGUCCCGCCACGCAGACUUCCGCCUGGUGCUGAGACCCAGGGCCGGCGGUGGGCCGCGCCGGAGUUGAAGUUGGAACGCGCGGGGUGUUGAGCUGCAGUCCGGGUGUGCUGGGGCGACAUGUCGGAAGGAAACGCCGCGGGCGAGCCCAGCGCUCAGGGAGGGCCCCGACCCCUCCUCUCUGGGGCCCGGGGGCUUAUCGGGCGGCGGCCGGCUCCUCCCCUCACCCCGGGCCGCCUUCCGUCCAUCCGCUCCAGGGACCUCACCCUCGGGGGAGUCAAGAAGAAAACCUUCACCCCAAAUAUCAUCAGUCGGAAGAUCAAGGAAGAGCCUAAGGAAGAAGUAACCAUCAAGAAGGAGAAGCGUGAAAGGGAUAGAGAUCGACAGCGAGAGGGGCAUGGACGGGGCCGGGGUCGCCCAGAAGUGAUCCAGUCUCACUCCAUCUUUGAGCAGGGCCCAGCUGAAAUGAUGAAGAAAAAGGGCAAUUGGGAUAAGACAGUGGAUGUGUCGGACAUGGGGCCCUCUCAUAUCAUCAACAUCAAAAAAGAGAAGAGGGAAACGGAUGAAGAAACAAAACAGAUCCUGCGCAUGCUGGAGAAGGAUGAUUUCAUCGAUGACCCUGGGCUGAGGAAUGACACUCGAAACAUGCCUGUGCAGCUGCCGCUGGCUCACUCAGGGUGGCUGUUUAAGGAAGAGAAUGAAGAGCCAGAUGUUAAACCUUGGCUGGCUGGCCCCAAGGAAGAGGACAUGGAGGUGGACGUGCCUGUGGUGAAAGUGAAAGAGGAGCCACGAGAUGAGGAGGAGGAGGCCAAAAUGAAGACUCCCCCCAGAGCAGCAAGAAAGACCCCGGGCCUCCCGAAAGAUAUAUCUGUGGCAGAGCUGCUCAGGGAGCUGAGCCUGACGCAGGAGGAAGAGCUGCUGUUCUUCCAGCUGCCAGACACGCUCCCUGGCCAGCCGCCGACUCAGGACAUCAAGCCUAUCAGGACGGAAGUGCAGAGCGAGGAUGGACAGAUGGUGGUUAUGAAGCAGGAGAAAGACCGGGAAGCCAGGCUGGCAGAGGAUGUUUGUACCCUUGCUAACCUGACGGAGGGUCAGGUUGGCAAGCUGCUCAUCCGCGAGUCGGGAAAGGUGCAACUCCUCCUGGGCAAGGUGACUCUGGACGUGACAAUGGGAACUGCCUGCUCUUUCCUGCAGGAGCUGGUGUCCGUGGGCCUUGGAGACAGUAGGACAGGGGACAUGACAGUCCUGGGACACAUAAAGCACAAACUUGUAUGUUCCCCUGAUUUUGAAUCCCUCUUGGAUCACAAACACCGGUAAAAUGAGCAGAUGGAGGAUGUUGGUGACUGCCCACGGCUGCUGCCUUCCCCAGACGUUUUGUUCUAAAAUCUGUGUGACCCAGAAGGGGCCUGUCAGCCCACCCACUCCAGCCUUUGGCAGCCAUUGUCCCAGUUUUCCCCACAGGGCCCACAUGGCUCCCUCCCACAGCAGCUGUGAAUGGCACAGUGACUUUCCCACAGUGUGGAUACUGCGUGUCCUUGCUGCUGGGGCACUUGUCCCUUCUAUUUAUUUUUAUAUUUAUGUUUUAUCUUGUCACCUGAGUGCAUCUUCCCCAGGUAGAGAGGGGAGGGUCUGUGGAAACGUACAGGCUCAUUCUUGUGACCAUCUUGGUUCUCACGGUGGGAAGGGUAGGGACUGCUGCUGCUACUCAUGCGCCCCCCUUCCUUCUGAGGGGCAGUGUCGGAGAGGGUUGUGUGACCUUGGACAAACUACCUAACUUUUCUGAGCCUCAUGUUACUCACCUGACAGAAACGAGGAGAAUACCUACCUCACAAGGUUGGUGUGAGGAUUACAUGGAAGAUUGUAGAUGAAAACUCCUUGCACAAGGCCAGACAUACACAAUAGGCACUCAAUAAAUCUUAGUUUCCCUUCCCUUUGCCUGAGUCUGUUUUCAAACCAAAUAGAGAAUCCGAGCACCUCACAGGAAGUGCACAGAGCUGCUUUGUCCCUGCGUUCUGACUCCACAUCCCAUCCCCACGCUGGGCCUGAUGCUCUGAAGGUCCAGGUUCGGGCCCUCCAGUGCCCUUUUUCUCCUGAGCACUCUUAGCCAAAUGCUUCCUGUUCUUUGCUGUGAGGUGCUGGCUAUAGGUUCUUUCAGAAGGGAAGAAGUCAUGUCACUCAGCAUCCUGUGAAUGCCUUUGGGUGACAUGAUGGUCCCAGGACUCAUUCCCUACCCUCACCCCUGCAAUAAGUAGCCCGAUUCCAUUUAAGUAGUCUCGGAAAAGAGAUUAAUAAUUCCCAUAGAGAAUCAUCACCACAGUAAGUCAUGCUGCUGAAAAGCAACCCUUAGUAAGAUACAAGUUAGAGAUUUAUUAAGUAAUGGCAUCCUUGACAUUUGGCAGAUGACCUCCCACUUCAAAAGCUUUGCAUUUAAGAGGUGUACUACUGUCCCCUGUCCUAGCAUCACCGGGUCCGCCCACUCAGCUUAGAGCCCAGUCCCCACUGGCCGCGCUGGCUUCUUAGUUUUUGGGUGUGUGGUCCUGUUCCUUUCACCAGGUCAUCACACUCUUGACCCUUCCUAUGUGUAGUCCCUGGAGGCGCAGCUUGUCUGCCCCACCCCUUGUCCACAAGGCUGGGUUUUCCCUUGGUUCAGCGUGCAGAGCCGUCUCGAAGAUCAGGGAAAGCCCCCUGCAGCAGUGUUUGUGGUCAUUAGAGGCCGAUGUCACAGCUCCCCUUGCUGUGAGCUUCAUUAGCACGCCGCUUCUGGCGCAGACGGACCACACAGGCUCAGUAACGACUCCUCCUGACGUUCAGGUGACCCCAGAUGGAUAUGUCUGCCUUUAGUCUCAUCUUCCUUCUGUCAUGGCUGGGGCUUUUCCUUUGCUGAGCCCCUCAAGCUGCCUAGUUGGCAUCUAUUGGGGGGAUUGACUAUUUAGUUACCACAUUCCCCUUCUGUAGCUAAGAGCUCACGGAAGUUCUGUUGGAUAGUGUAGUCUGCUUUCUUCUCACUAUAGAGGGCUGGAGCAGAAGGGUUCCUUGGAGACAUGUAUGUGGAAGUCCAGUUUGGUCUAAGGCUGAGCUAUGAGGAGCCAACUGCUUUUUGUUCUCCGGGCUCCGAUGCUUGCUUUUAAAUAGCUGAUGUACUGCCAAUGGGUCUCCGUCAUAAUCCUCUCUUUUCCCUUCUGUUUCUUUGGUUCAGAAACACUCUGCUGCUUUUUUGGGCUAACUCGAAGGCCCUGCCUCGUUAGAUGUUUGGGAUUUUGCAGUCUUUAAUUCUUUGACUCGUCCAAGAAAGUUUGAGGAGGAGCAUGUACCUCUUUCACGUUCAUCAUUUCAAGUAUCUUGGGAAUUGAAUGUUAGAGCCCUACAUCAAAGUCCCUAUGACCUGUCUCUAUUCCGAUACACAGAUUGGAUGUCAUCAAUAAAAGAGUGGAAGAAAGUCAA